GCAGCUUUACAUUUGAUUCCUUCUUUUUUUUUUUGUUUUGGCUAACUUUUGAAUAGAGUUCUCCUUUCAAUUUAUUAUCUUCCUUUGGGUCUUCUGGUCUCUUGUUUUUUUAUGCCUAAAGAUUUUUGCUUUCUGUUCUCUUUUUAAUGGAAUGUUUUAACUGUUUCUUAAUCGUCUUUUGAACUUCAAAAUAGCUGGUUUAAAGUUAUUUUUUUGAAAAAAAAAAAAAGGAAAGUUAAUGGAAAGAAAAAUGAAGGGUUAUGUGCUCAUUGAAGUGUUAGCUCUGCUACUGCUAUGUGGAUGUGCUAUGGGUAAGGAGUGCUCAAAUACCGUCCCAAACAAGAGUUUACAAUUUGAAAUUGCAUCAACCAAAAAUGAAACAUGGAAACAACAGAUACUUUCUCAAUUCAAGGUGAAUACAGUAUAUGAGAAACCAACAAAGGUAUCAAAAGGAAGCACUUUGAAUUGGGAAAAGAUUUCCAAUCAAAUCACCAAUGCUGCCAAGUUUAAUCCUCCUCAAGGUCUUCUGAAGGAAGUUUCAUUACAUGAUGUUAGAUUGGAACCAAAUUCACUCCACUGGACAGCACAGCAGACAAAUUUAGAGUACCUAAUGAUGCUGGAUGUUGAUAGAUUGGUCUGGAGCUUCAGGAAAACAGCAGGGCUGCCCACUCUUGGCACCCCAUAUGGGGGCUGGGAGGCACCAGAUAUUGAGCUCAGAGGUCAUUUUGUAGGACACUACUUGAGUGCCGCAGCAAAAAUGUGGGCUAGCACUCAAAAUGGAACUCUCCAAGAGAAAAUGUCUGCUGUAGUUUCAAUUCUUUCUGAUUGUCAGCAGAAAAUGGGUACAGGUUACCUUUCUGCUUUUCCUUCAGAGCUAUUUGAUCGUUAUGAAGCUGUUGUAUAUGUAUGGGCACCAUAUUACACCAUUCACAAGAUCAUGUCAGGUCUUUUGGAUCAACAUACAAUUGCUAAAAAUCCUCAAGCUCUGAAAAUGCUUACUUGGAUGGUUGAUUACUUUUACAAUCGUAUUCAAAAUGUUAUUUUACAAUUCAGUAUAGCAAGGCACUAUGCAGCUCUUAAUGAGGAAACUGGUGGCAUGAAUGAUCUUCUUUACAGGUUGUACUCCAUAACGAAAGAUCCAAAACAUUUAGUGAUGGCUCACCUGUUUGACAAACCAUGCUUUCUAGGGGAGCUUGCAGUACAGGCUAAUAAUCUGGCCGAUUUCCAUGCUAAUACGCAUAUCCCUGUUGUUAUUGGAUCACAAAUGCGGUAUGAAGUCACAGGCGAUCCUCUUUACAAGAGUAUAGCAACAUACUUCAUGGACAUUGUUAACUCUACACACACUUUCGCAACAGGAGGGACAUCAAUUGAUGAACACUGGAAAGAACCAAGUCGCCUGGCAUCCCACCUAAUGCCAGAGAAUGAGGAAUCAUGCACAACCUAUAAUAUGCUGAAGGUUUCUCGCAACCUUUUUAGAUGGACUAAAGAAACGGCAUACGCAGAUCAUUAUGAACGUGCACUGACUAACGGUGUACUAAGUAUCCAAAGAGGAACUGAGCCAGGAGUGAUGAUUUACUUUCUUCCACUUGGUCCUGGACACAGCAAGGCUGUAAGUAAUCAUGGGUGGGGAACACCUUUUGACUCUUUCUGGUGCUGCUAUGGCACAGCUAUUGAAUCAUUCUCAAAAUUGGGAGAUUCCAUUUAUUUUGAAGAGGAAGGAAAAGUUCCAAGUCUUUACAUCAUCCAAUAUAUAUCCAGCUCUCUUAACUGGGUUUCUGGACAGAUUGUGCUUAAUCAGAAAGUUGACCCUGUUGUUUCUUGGGAUCCUUUCCUUAAAGUGACAAUAACGACUUCAACUCUACAAAAUUCAAAGGAAGGAAACCGACUCUCUACCUUGAAUCUGCGGAUACCCAUUUGGACAAAUUUAAAUGAUGCUAAGGCAGAAUUAAACAAUAUAAAUCUAAAACUACCAGCUCCAGGUAAUUUCCUAUCAAUCACUAGAUAUUGGGCUCCUAAUGACACAUUAAACCUUCAGCUGCCUAUUGAUAUGAGACUAGAGGCAAUUAAAGAUGACAGGCCUGAAUAUGCUUCUAUUAAGGCAAUACUUUAUGGCCCUUAUCUGCUUGCGGGGCAUUCAUCUGGCAACUGGGACAUCACAACCGGGAAUGCAAGUUCCAUUUCAGAUUGGAUAACUCCAAUUCCUAGUACUUACAAUAACCAUUUGGUUACAUUUUCCCAACAAUGGGGAAACUCCAUCUUUUUCUUGAUGAACUCAAGCCAAAUAAUUACAAUGGGAAAUUCUGCUCAAUUUGGCAAUAAUUCUGCACUCCAGGCCACUUUCAGGCUCAUUUUUGCGGACCAAUCUUCUUCAAAAGUUUCAUCUAUCAAGGAUGCCAUUGGAAAGUCGGUCAUGCUUGAACCAUUUGAUUAUCCAGGAAUGCUAGUAGUGGCUCACGCAGAUAGAGCACUUGUGAUUGGAAGACAGGGCUAUUCUGCUUUCCACUUGGUUCCAGGAUUGGAUGCAAGGAAAGGAACAGUAUCCUUGGAGUCAGAAACACUCAAGGGAUGUUUCGUUUACGGUGGUGCGACUAACAAUUCAAGCAUGGCGCUCAAAUGCAAUUUGGAUACAUCGAAUUCCACCGUUGCUAAAGCCGCCAGCUUUGUAAUGCACGAGGGAAUGAGUAAAUACCAUCCUAUCAGCUUUGUGGCAAAAGGAGCAACAAGGAAUUUUCUUUUGGAGCCAUUGCUAAAAUAUAAAAAUGAAACCUAUACCGUUUAUUUCAACAUUCAAGCUUAAGAAGUUUGGACAGAGUAUUGGAAAUAAAUUUUAGAAAGAGGUUUUUUCUAUAUAUAAUUGAUGAGUAAUAGUCGUCUUUGAACAUUGUGUUAUACA